CUGCUUCUCCUGAUGGUCGUUGGAUGCACCUUGAUUUUCGCAAUGACGGAAAACGUUUUGGAGUGCGCUGCUGUGGCUGGACCCUUUGGGAUGGAAGAUGGACACAUCCCAGAUGCAAGCAUCACAGUGUCGUCACAGUUCAGCAACUCUUUGGCACCGACCAGAGUUCGGCUAAACUCUCAGGCCGAAAGCGGGACCUCAGGUUGGUGCAAAGGAAAUCUGGAAAUCAGGAGAUCAGGAAAUCAGGAAGUCGAUCCUUGGAUCCAAGUGGACCUCGGUUUCACUUCGAUCAUCACUAGCGUUAUCACGCAGGGGUACGGGGACACCUCAUGGGUGGCAUCGUUCAAAGUGGCCUACAGCGGCGAUGGACAAGAAUGGACUGCCGUCACCAAUAAUGGAUCAAGUUUCCCUGUAAACUACGACUCAAACACCCAAGUGACGACUUCUUUCCCGAGAGCGUUCCAGGCCAGGUUCCUGCGCAUCGUGCCUACGGCGUGUACAGAUGAUACCCAAUGCAUCUGUAUGCGAUUCGAGGUCGUCGGCUGUUGUGCAUGUCGAUGUCCUGUUCGGCGAGUUCCGUUCAUCACACAUGUUUAGGAAACCCGCUCUAAUGCUUAAUUGGAAAUAUGAUAACUUAAACACACCAGCAAACAAACCAACAAACAAACAAAUACAUUAAAUAUAAAAUGCAUGACGUUUGCGCUAAGAUUUAAGGACUUAUUCCGGCCUCUUACAUUCUGACUGAGGGCUAUGGUGGACCAGUUCAAAAAUUCUAAACACACAAAAUGACAUAGCCCCCAGCUCUUUAGUGCCAACUUUCCAAUGACCACUCGAGCUCGG